AUGCCUCCCAAGAAGUCCACUGCUACCGAGGGCGAGUCCGCCGUCCCCAUCCUCACGGAAACCGAGGCCAGGUUCGUCAAGGCUGUCUUUGACAGCAUGAACACGCGCCCUGACAUCGACUAUGAAAACGUCGCCGGUAUCAUGGGCUUGGCCAAUGGCAAGAGUGCCAGAGACCGCCUUCGUACCAUCUCCAAGAAGCAUGGCUGGUCCGCCACUGAUGGCUCCAGCGGUGGCAGCCCUGCUAAGAAGCCUGUCGGAGUGAAGAAGACGCCCGUUAAGAAGAAGGGCAUCGCCCAGCGCAAGAAGAAGACCGCCAAGAAGAACGAGUCUUCCGGCUCUGACGCUGACGAGGACAUCUCGGGCAAGCUCGAGUCUGACACCGAUGGCGAAGCUGCUGCCAAGGCAGAGCUCAAUAACCCGGAUAGCGACUCCGACUGA